UUUACAAGUGCAUUUAUUAUGUUUAUUUUUUUUAAGUUAUGGGAUCUCAAAAAAUUUUUAUUUAUAUUUUUUUUUAAAAAAAACGUUUAAUAAUUCUAUAUUAAAAAUUUUACAUCUCUUCCAGCAUGUCUGAUUUGCCGAAAGGUCAUGUGAAAGCGGUUUGUAAAGAAUGGUUGGUGCGCGAGGAUGGUGCCUUAGCUCAACGUUUACAAUCACAAGAAAUUAAUGAAUUUUAUCAAAAUAAUAAAGUAAGAAAUGCAAUAGUAAGAGAGGAUUUUCCUCGAGCUCUUGAUGAACAACGUAAAGAAGUAGAAGUAGCCAAAGAAGUUGAAGCAAAAUAUCGUGAAUAUUUAGAAAAUCAAGAAAAGGCGGAUAGGUUGCUAGCGGAAAAGCUAGAACAUCAUUUAAAAAUUGAAAAAUUGAGAAAUGAAGAAAUUGAAUCUAAUAAGGCAAAAGAAAUGGCUUUACAAUUGCAAAAAAAAGAAGAAGAAGCUGAGAGACAACGGAUGUUAGCUAUGCAAGCUGAAGUAGAAAAAGCUGAAAAAUUGGCAAAAAAAUUACAAAUUUAUGAGGAGCAAUAUAGUAUGACACAGGGUGAACGUGACAGAUUAAUUGCAAUAAGAGCACAAAACGAAGAAUUGGCAGAAAAAGAUCGUCAACUGGCUAUAGAAGCACAGGAUGAGGAAUUGGCUAAAAUGUUACAAGAAAGAGAAAAGAAAAGAGCUAAAAAACUCAGAGAAAAACAUCGGUUAAAAAAACAACAACAGCAACAUUUAUUAUUACAACAACCUCAAGGUCUGACCCUUACGGGUGAAUCUAUGAUAGCGAAUAAUUAUCCCGAAUUAGAUGAUACGUAUUCAGAUCCUAUAGAUCUUAUAUCUCCUUUAGAAAAUAAUUCUCAACAGCAAAAUAAUACAAAUUGCAGCAGUCAUGACAAUCUCAAUAAGCGACAUCAAUCAAAAAAUUUUACUGCCUCAUUCGAUGCUAUUGAAAAAUAUGAUGAAAGUAUUGAUGAUACAUAUGCUUUGCCUGUCAAUGUAAAACAUAAAGAUGAAUUGAGUGUAUUAAGGGAUAAAAAACCAAAACUGCCAAAGCCUAAUUCAAUACACGAGCUACCUAAUCAUAUAACAACAAUUAAUUCAGAAUUCAUGCCGAAAGAUAAUGUUGAACAUUCACUAGCAAGAGGAUCAAAUCAUUCAAAAGGAAAUUUAUCGAAUCCUACAACACCCGUUUGUAAUGAAGGUAAUGGUAUAUUACCAGAAAUUACUACAGAUUCAUAUAAUCGAAAGAAAAAGGAGAAAAAAGACAAAUGUACUCAUCAAUAGUUAUAAAUAUACAAAAAUAUUUACGAA